ACCAUGCAAAAACCGCCAUCUACAUUCUGAUAGUAUUAUAAUAUACUGUUGGUAUCGUCUUUUAUCCCAAUGUAAACUGUAAAGGCUUUCUCUAAUCCUAACCUCGAAAAUUAAUUCAAAUGUGUGCUUCUGGUGGUGCAACUUUUCUUAGAAAAAUGCCUUCAAGGAACGUGAAAGAACACAUAUGGGAAGAAGAGAAUAUGAGAAAUGCAGUUGAUGCAGUGCGAAAUAAAAGAAUGGGGUAUCUAGCUGCAUCAAAAAAUUUCAAAGUGCCCCGCUCUACCCUAUUCAGAUAUUGUAAAAAAGACAAGGAAGUUGGGAGUAUCAAAAAGGAAACCUUAGGAAGAAAGCCUGUUCUGACAGAAGAAUUAGAACUAAAACUCGCGGAGUAUAUUAUGAAAAUGGAAAAACAAUUUUUUGGUUUAACUAGAAGAGAUUUAUGUUCAAUUGCUUUUCAACUUGCCAGACAAAAUAAUAUUCCAAAUUCGUUUUCAAUACUUAAUCAAACGGCAGGAGAACAUUGGUUUAAACGCUUUCUACAUAGACAUAAAGAAAAAACCAGUGUGAGAACACCUACAGGCACAUCAUUCGCUAGGGCCGCCGGAUUUAAUAGAGCGAACGUUGAUGAAUUUUUCGACUUACUAGAGAAAGUUCAGGAGGAGAAAAACUUCUCGCCUUCUCAAAUUUUCAAUGUCGAUGAAUGUGGUAUUUGUAUUGUCCAGUCAAAGUGUCCCAAGAUAUUAGCUCUAAAAGGAAAACGGCAGAUUGGAACCCUCACUUCUGCUGAGAGGGGGUCAUUGAUAACUGUUGUUAUGUGUAUGAGUGCAGAUGGAACUUUUGUACCACCUCUGAUAAUAUUUCCUAGAAAAAAUUCUAAUGAACAGCUCAAGAAGGGUGCGCCAUCUGGAGCUAUAUUUAGGUUUCAUCCAUCUGGGUGGAUACAAACAGAUCAAUUUACCGCUUGGUUUGAUCAUUUCAUCGAAAAAGUUCGUCCAUCCGCGGAUCAUCCUAUUUUGCUCAUUUUGGAUGGACACAACACCCAUACGUUAUAA